AUGGCGGACCUCCACAAGGAUCACGAUGCGUCUAGCGCCGAUACAACAGUCGCACCUCAGCUGCAUGAGACGAAAUCUCACGAGGAGUCUGAGCCGGUCACUGAGCCCUUGAAGACUGAGCAGGAUGCCGACAUCAAAGCAGAGGCAGAUGACGCUGCACGCGAGAAAGCCGACGGAGCGGUGCUCGACCGGGCUCCCUCACAGUCGGCGAAGAUGGGCAAGAAGCAGAUCAUCAUCGUCAUGGCCGCUCUUUGCUUGGCUCUGUUCCUGGCCGCUUUGGAUAUGACGAUUGUCUCAACUGCCCUCCCGACCAUCGCUUCAGCUUUUGGUGCCACCGAGAGUGGGUAUUCAUGGAUUGCUUCGUCCUAUCUCCUGGCAAAUGCCGCCUGCAUUCCUCUUUGGGGCAAAAUCAGUGACAUCUGGGGACGAAAGUACAUCAUCCUGCUUGCCAACAUCGUUUUCCUCGUUGGAAGUUUGAUUUGUGCGUUGGCUCACAACAUGGCUAUGAUCAUUUGUGGCCGUGCCAUUCAAGGUAUCGGCGGUGGUGGAAUCAUCAUUCUCGCCAAUAUCAGUGUCUCGGAUUUGUUCAGCAUGAGAGACCGCCCGAUGUACUAUGGUAUAUUUGGUGCUACUUGGGCUAUUGCCGGUGCGCUGGGACCUAUCAUCGGUGGUGCUUUUACUACCGACGUGACUUGGAGAUGGUGCUUCUACCUGAACUUGCCGGUUGGAGGUGUUUCGCUCGUCAUCCUAUUCUUCUUCCUGCACAUCGAAUCUCCGAAAACGCCAUUCUUGGCUGGUCUGCGCAACAUCGAUUGGGCUGGAACUUUCUUGAUCAUUGGUGGUACGCUCAUGUUCCUUUUCGGUCUGGAGUUCGGAGGUGUCAAUUACCCUUGGGCCUCCGCCACCGUCAUCUGCCUCAUUAUCUUCGGUGUGGUCACCUGGGCUCUAGCUGGAUUGUGCGAGUGGAAGCUCGCCAAGUACCCGAUCAUCCCUCUGCGUCUGUUCAACGAGUGGUACAACAUCCUCAUUUUAUUGGUCUGCUUCUGUCACGGCUUCGUUUUCAUCGCCGGUACCUAUUACCUCCCUCUCUACUUCCAAACCGUCCUUUUGGCAAGCCCGAUUCUCAGCGGUGUCUACGUCCUGCCUUUGGUUCUUGCUCUUUCGGUCGUCUCCGCCGGCACAGGUAUCGUCAUGAAGAAGACUGGUCGUUAUCGCGAAUGUAUCAUUGCAGGCAUGUUUUUCAUGACUCUCGGGUUCGGCCUAUUUAUCGAUCUCAAACCCUACGCAUCUUGGUCCCGUAUCGUCAUUUUCCAGCUCAUCGCCGGUACUGGUGUUGGCCCCAAUUUCCAGGCGCCUCUAGUCGCGUUCCAAGCCAACAUUCGUCCCGCCGACAUGGCCACCGCAACAGCCACCUUCGGCUUCGUCCGCCAGCUCUCUACCUCCAUGUCGGUUGUGCUAGGAACGGUUGUCUAUCAAAACGUCAUGGGUCAACAAGCCGAGAAGCUCACCGCCGCCAUCGGCUCCAAACUCACCGCCGAAAUAUCCACCUCAUUCGCCGGUUCCUCUAAAGCCCUGAUUGAGACUCUUGACUCUCACCAGAAAGCGGUCGUGCUCGAAGCAUUCACAUUCUCGUUGAGCCGCAUGUGGAUCUUCUACACCUGCAUCGGUGGCGUCGGUUUCAUCCUCUCAUGCUUCAUCCGCCCUCGCGUGCUCAGCAAGACACAUACGAUCCAAAAGACCGGUCUUGCUCAGCAGGAGAAAGCUCGCCAGGAGUUGAUUGAUUCUCGGCGCAAGGCUGAGGGCAAGUCCGAGGCCGAUGUCUGA